AUGGACAGCCUGUACCUCCUCAGCAAGGCGCAGUUCCACCAGCUGGCGACGCACAUCUCCCUCUACCACGAGGACGCGUCGCCCGGCUACCGCGCACUCGGUGAGGAGUGUGUGCGGCUCGCCGGCCUCAGCCCCGACCGCCACGUCUACUGGAACGUGCCCAACAUGAGCUCCUUCUUCGGCAAGACGGUGCCGCUCGAUGUGCACGGAGGCUACGUGCUGGUCGACGAGAGCGCCGCGGGGCGGGCCGCGACGAGCUACGGCAUGCUGCGCUACGCCUACCUAUCGGCGGCGGUGCGCACGAAGGAGGGUGGCCGCUGGCGCUACGACUUCAUGACGAUGAAUGUCACGCUUGGCGUCGGUGUCGCGAGCGGAUUCGCCGCCCUCUCUGCUGGCAGGAAGCGGUGGGGGUGGAUGCGGCGCCACCCGGUCGGCAGCGUUGCCGUCAGCCUGCUCACAUGCGUCGCCGCCACGGUGGCGUCGCGGCAGGCGAUCCGCCUCCUCGGCAUCGGCGUCGUGACGGCGCGGAACAGCCACAAGAAGGCGCUGGCAAAGCUGGACUGCGCCGACUGCUACGACGACGUCAACCUGUACACCGCGCAGCAGGUGGAAGAGCUGCGCAAGCAGGAGUUCCCGCAGCAGCCGGGGAUGCCGGCGCCGCCCGAAGAAUUCGUGAAGCGCUUCGAGCGGGGCAAGGAGGUGCAGGUGAAGCUGCUCGAGGUAGACAUGGAGGAGGUGGGGGCGUCGAAGCGGCGCGUCGGCACUCGCCUUUGCGACGUGCACCGCUGCCUCCGCGAGGACGAGAAGUACGCUGAGACGGUGGCGCUGCCAAUCCUCCCCGCGGAUAUUCAGCGCGCCCGGGAGAGGGCGCGCGAGGCUGAAGUGGAGACAAAGACAGACUGA